CCUUUUGAAGCGAUUCUUUCGGUUUGUCCGUAUUACAAUAAACCUAACCAAGAAGGUAUCUAUCAGCAUUUCAAAAGUAUAGCAACGGCAUCCAGUAAGCCUAUUAUUUUAUACAAUGUACCCGGGAGAACCGUGGUUAAUAUGGCGGUCUCCACUACGGUACGCUUGGCUCAGGAUUUUAAAAAUAUAGUUGCCAUUAAAGAGGCUUCUCCCGAUUUUGUUCAAUGUUUGGAACUUAUAAAAGAAAAACCGAAAGAAUUUGUCGUGCUUUCCGGAGACGAUGCCUUAGCAAAUUCUCAGAUAUUGGCGGGUGCUUCCGGAGUAAUAUCCGUAUUGGCUCAAGGAUUUCCAAAAGAAUUUUGUCAAAUGGUAAAACACGCAUUAGGACGCAGACCUGAUGAGUCUUACCGGUUAUAUAAUCUUCUUUAUACGAUGGAAAGUUUAAUUUUUGAGGAAGAUAAAAUAAAAGAUGCAUUAAAUGCACAAAUCAAAUUAGAGGGAGAUUCCUCUAACGGAUACUUAGCUAUGGCAGUAUGGGCAGAGACUAACGGCUUUGAGGGGGUAUCAAAUUUUUUAUAUUCGCACGCCGAAGAAGAACGUAUGCACAUGUUGAAAUUAGUGAAAUUUAUUAAUGAAAGAAACGGAGAAGCAAAAAUUCCCGAUUUUGCAAAACCCAAAAAUAAAUUUACUAACUUAAAAGAAUUGUUUGAAUCGGUUUUUCAACAUGAAGUAAAAGUAAGCAAACACAUCAAUGAGUUAGUGGAUAUGACCUUAAAAGAAAAAGAUUAUUCCACCAUGAAUUUUUUACAAUGGUAUGUUUCCGAACAAAUAGAAGAGGAA